CAGAUCUUCCCCAGCCUCCUACCCUUCAUGACCAUGUGACCUGCAAGAUGACCAGUUAGGAUGACCAGUGUCUCUGUGUAUGUUUCAUCAAGAAUCUAAUCAAGGAUUGCGUUAAACAAUGAGUGACCAGGAGAGGCCUCGUAGCAGGUCUUCUUCUCGCUCACCAAGACAGGAUUCUUGGUAUAUGCUGGUGCAGGAAGAGGUCCUUGUUUCAUCUCCAACACCAUCUCCAAGACGAUCUCUUGCUAGCAGUGGAAGUCGUUCCUCAUCUAAGGCCAGUAGCGUGUCUUCCACUCCCAAACCACUCCAGACUACCUCAUCUACAGCUGCAGCUGAUCAAAGCCCUGCAUCCCUGCUUCAAAGCACCACCCUAUCACAGCACCCGCUGGAAGAGGAACAAAAUGCCCUCACCCAGUAUCCUCUGGAGGAAAGUCUUGAUGAGAAGCAGCAUCCUUCAGGCAGUCAUCAAAGCAAGCAAGAAGAUGCCCAUAUAGAUAUAAUUUCACCUUUGGGUGGAAUGCAGGAUAGCAGUGAAGAUACCCAAGAGCACUUAGCCGUACCCCUUCUUGAUCUAGAUGCCAGCACUGACUCGAAGGAUGGAGAUCAGUUCAGGGGGUUGGCAAAAGGGACCUUUCCUUUUGUUGAAGAGGAUGAGAGUGCAGCAAUGAGCAGUGACACAGACAUCCCAAUACCUCUGUCUGACAAUGAAGAUAACGAAAGUGGCUUUCCUGGAGAUGCUGAAGAUUUUGGAAUGUCCAAGGACGCUGUGCAGGAAGCCAUAGCGGAAGUGUCUGCAGACUUUGUAAGUGGUGUAUUGGCCAUGUCAGUUUCACAGCAUAGCGUGGAUGGUACUAAAGUCGAAGACAAAAUGAACAUAGAAGACAAUACUGGUGCCGGCAAUGUUCAUUCAAUGGUCAUAGAGGACGUUCACAGCUCUGCAGCUACUACGCCAUGGCAAUCUGAAGGGGGAAUGGAAAUACCAACCCCAUCCCCCUGUAAUCAGGAAAUCAGUGACAUUGAUUCUGAUCGAAUUCCUAGAGAACAAAUAUCUCAACAGAGUCAUGUAUCUAGUAUUAGCAGCUCUGCUUCAAACCGGACUAAAUCAUCAGUGAAUGAUAGUGUAAGGAGUGAAAUAAGUGCAAGAACUGCUUCACUCACUGUUCAACUGAAGCCUUCAGCAGAGGACAUGACUAGAGGGUCACCCAGUAAGUUGCCCCUAGAUCUUGACAGUUUGCAACCAUUGGAUAUUGGAGAACACAUGGCUUCUGGAGCUGAAGUUGUAAUACUCAGAGGUUCAGAGAAUGAAUAUCAUCAUGGAACUGAGAAGCCGACAGAAGAAACUCAAAGACAACAAAUAAGUUUAGAAAGUCACUCAGUAGAACGGAGGUCAAUGACAGAGGAUAGAAAUCAAGUGAAUACUGAUUCAACAUUUCAAAAUCAAAGGGUUACUCUUGAACCUGACUCAAGAGGAUCACUUCCAUCACAGUAUCUAUCACCUAGUGAAGGAAAUGUGUCAAAAGAUGCGCAGUCGUACAUUCACUAUCCAAGAGAAUUGCGAGGCUCACCUCACAAUAUCGGGUUUUCCAGUGAUAAUGAUAGUAAUUCUGCAGAUUUACCACUAGUUGGCACUGGUAAUGCAAGGGAUAAUGAUGUGAGUCUAUCUAGGAGGGAUCAAGGAAGUGAAAGGGAUCUCUUAGCUAAAAGAGUGGCACUUCUUUUGCAGGUCAACAGUGAUAUGGGUGUGGGUGUAGAUGGUACUCGAGCUAAUCUAUGUGGUGGCUCUUUGUCAGGGAGUGGAUCAUCUUCACAUACUGGCAGCCCUGACAGCAUUGAAGAGGCCACUCUACCACUUGGAAUUUUUUCCAAGGAUGCCCAUGGCUCACCUUCUUCCUACAGGAGAGGAAAUGGACAGUCUCUACCACCUCCAUCAAGAUCAGAGUCCAGUGGAAGCUCUAAUGCGGACUCCCUAGCUGAGCAUGUCAAGCGGCUGCUACAAGAAUCUGAGAGUAUGCGUAAACUUCACACAGCAGGGAUUUCUCCACAACAGCUGCUUAACAUCCAGGCAGAGAUAGGGAAAAGAUCUCCUACAUUAUCAGACGCAAGCACAUCAAGUUCUGUGAGGGAUAUUGUUAACAGGGUAGUGAGACAUUCAAGAACAGGAAGUGAGAGCGACGAUAGUAUGGUAAGACCUCAAGAAACCUACAUGUCUCCCUCACAUCCAAUGCCAGGUGGUUACAACGUACCAUUGGGGUCAAGCAAUGCAUAUCAGGAAAGCGCCAAGGUUACAUUCCAGGAUACAUUCCAGGCUAAUCGUUCCCAGAAUGCUGCUGGGUCAGGCAAUACAAGCCAGUCUUCAACAAGUACACUGACCAAUGAUUCCCUGUCACAAAGAGUGCAGCAACUCCUUAGCCAUGUUGACGAUGCAUUUACCCACCAACCUGAAAUUGCAAGGGAAAGUUUGUCAAGAGAGGAUUUACUAGCUCUUGUGCAAAUUGCUGAGUUAGAGAAGAAACUUAGUGAGUCAAGAUCUAAUUCACAGAUGCAUGGAUCUCCUCGGUCAUCCCAAAACUCCAGAAUGUCAUCCACCAGAAAUACUGUUAGUAGGUCCACAUCUGCUAAGGACAACUCUGUUGCAAGUGCUGAUUCCCUAGCUUUAAGGGUUCAAGCAAUCCUUGGGAGGGAGCCUCCUGGAGAAAGAGUUGAUCGUAUCAUUUCAGAAGCUCUUCACGCAGAAGAUCCAUUGGUCUAUGAGAGAAACCUAUCCAAUGCAUCUAUUGAUAGCAAAUACGCUAGUGCAAACUCUCAAAAGAUAUCAUCAUCAAGAGAGUUUGAGGACCCUUUAACUGCAGAUGCCGUUCAGCGACCAUAUGGUGCAUUUGAUAGAGCAAGGGAUAUGUUGACUCUUCACUUGCAACGCUUGGAAGAAAAGACUUUUGACCAUAGUGUUGAUACUAGAACUCCAAUUAGACAAGACAGAAAUGCCAAUAUGAUUGUGAAUAGAGCUGAAUUUGACACCCUGACACAGAAUUCAUCACAACAGCUAUCUGAACUAGACUUUCAGACCCCAUCCUCUGGGUCUCUCAGCAAACCAGUAUCGACAGACCAAGUGUUUUAUGGACUCUUACCCGAACAGAUCCCUUCACACUUACAAAUGCCCCAUGACCAAAGUGCGGAUGAGUUCCAUGUUCUCCAGUCUGUAGAUUCACCAGCAAGGCCAAAGUCCUGGCAGGGGGAUCCCCGGCAGCUUUACCCCCAAUAUCAGUCUAGUGGGAGAUACCCAUCUGAGAAUGACAAUAUACCGCCAGGUCAAGGCAGUCGGGUCAUGGAUGACAGCUUAUUUGCCAUGCAGAGGUCAAAUUCUUCACCAGAGAUGAAGGUGGACAAGAAGUCAUUACCAGGAGUGAAGGUGGCAUCUUCAUCAUCGUCUCAUCAAAGAUCAGGAUCCUGGGGAAGAACAGACCAAUUCCAAGACGUUCAUCAACAGCAAACCUCUCGAGUACCUGGCAGUAAACUUCCUGUUAGGUCACAUGGUGAGACAAAGCAAGGAAAAGACUUUCCUAGAGAAAGGCAACAAGAAUACAACAGUCCACCAUCUUCCUAUACCCCUCAACAUCUUCCCUCACAGAAGCAGCACCAACAAGUUCAUCCAGAUUACAGUACCAAUAGCUGGCCCAGAUCACUCUCAAAAUCAAGGUCCAGUAGUAGUCCCAGACAAGAGUCAAGUCCAAGAACAGAGCAAAGACAAAGUUUUGGUCAAGAUACUUCAGCUACUGAAGGUUUCCUGAAGCCAUAUAGACCCCCAGGAAGUUCUGAUGUGAUUUACACAUACCCCGUUGAUGGACAGACUGUUCAAGAUGGAUCUCCAUCUAGAAGUGUAUCAACUCUUGAGAGCUCUCAUGCUGGAUCUAAUGAUGCAAAUGCACCAAACUUCCCCACUGAGGCAUAUGGUAGCAGGCCUAGUCGAGAUUCACCACAUUCUUCCAAGAUACCGAGGUACGACCGAGGGCAAACUUCACCAGUAAAGAGUCCACAUGAGAGAAGUCGAGGACAGACCCUCUAUGUGGAUGAACAGAAAGGUGGCAGGAGCUACAGGAGGUCAUUGAGCGAUAGCAGUAGACAGGAAAAGGUGCAGGAGAAGGAGAAGGUAGGACGACAGAUAUCAUUAAGUCCUCAACACAGACCAGGGAGAUCAAGAACUUCUGGAAUGAAGCGAGAGCAUUCACGGUCCCCGCCAGAAUCAGUACACUUUGGGCAGUUGCCUAAUAACCAGCAACAGGUGUUUGAUGUAGGUGAAGGUGGGGUCCAGCCAAGGGAUCGGCCAAUUACAGGACAUCCUGUCAGAGACAGAGCAGCCUUAGAGCAUGGAGGAAUCGGGGGACAGGAAGUGAGGGAACGAUUUGGUUACAGAGCUCAGCCUCGACCACUUAGCUGGGAUCCAUCAAGGCAGACUCAACCUUUGGACUAUGGAAGGACGUAUCCACAGGACACCCAGUAUAGACAACAGUAUGGGAUUCCUGGUGGCAUGGCACAGGUCCCUCCUGCCUCGACUACUGAUGCAACCUCGCCAUCAAAGAUUCCAAGGUUCAGACCUGGUUCAGAGCAGCCGUCCCUGAGGUACAUGCCAGUAGGUGCAGAGAGGACAGACAGAAGAAGGCCAGAGUAUACUGCUGCUAGGCAGUAUCUGGAGUAUGGGCACCAGGGAGUUCCUCAACUUCCUGGAACCUACAGCAAACAAGUCCUUGAAGACAUCCUGCAGGAUGAAUCAGAUCCCCUUUACCGUGAGGCAUCUAUAAUGUGGGAUCAAUACCAGCGCCUACAGCAGCAGAAGGAGACGAGGAGAGAGGCCAGGAGAGAGGUCAAAGGUCAAGAUGAAUCUGAUGUUUCCAGUCUGGACUCGAGGAGAGUCAACAGGCUUGCACACCUAGUCCAAGACCCAGUCCAGCAUACUGUACAACAUUUUGUACCAGAUGAGACAGACAGUCGUGACAGCAGUAGCACUACCCUGACAGACUCUACUACACCUAGGCAGAGAAGGAAGUGGGUGAGAGAUCAACAAGGGUUCACACCAAGAGAACAAUCUCCAGAAAGGACGACCAGGAAUGAAGAGGGUCGCCGUAGAGUAUCACCAGAAGAAAUCGCAGCCAUAGUUCAACCAUCACCCACAAAGGAGUCUAGAAUACCAAGGUCAACUACUCGACAAAAUGGUCAGCAGCAAAAGAAGAAAGAUGAGAGACGUUCCUCCAAACGCUCUCCUGAACAAGACCAGACGGAAUCAACUCUUGAAGAUAACAUCACCCAGGAAGCAUUGUCCAGUGUACUAACAACAACCGAGGAGUCACUACUGACUGAUAUGAGUCUUGAGUCUGAUAGAUUACUUGAACUUCUUGGACCAGAUGGAAUCCGAAAGUUGAGUUCCAAGCUGGUUAAGUUACAACGGAAGAUUGAUCGGCAGCGUGAACACCACAGGAAACGUACAGAAGAGCAAAACAGAGACAAACAAGCUACAAAGAAGAAAGGACAUCUGCAUGAUGUUCCUGUUUCCAGUACACCAGCUGUUGAUGAUCUGUCUUCAACAGCAAAGUCCGGUGCCAUGGAGGAGCUGUCUGAUACUGCUGGUGCACACCUACGUGUUGGGAAGCAAGCAUCUCUUGAGCCAGCUCUGAGUCCAGUCCAGGAAGCGUCUUUAAGAUCAACUGAAGGCUCUGCCUAUGAUACUGCUGAGAGUACUCCACCGGAGCCUUUCAUACCAGACAGGAAAAUCACUAGGCAAGGAAGGGUUGGAGAAAAUGGACAAACAGCAAAGAGGAGGAAAGACUUUGCCCAUCAUGAUGACUUUGGAGUGACUUACACUACAGAUUCAUUCAGUGAUGCCGGCUCUGAUGCUAGUGUCCCUUGCGCCUGUAAGCCAAAGCGUUCCCAUUCCAUACAUGGCUUUACAAGCAGAGCAAGGGAACAUGCCACAGACAAAAUCAGCAAAGAAACUAAACCGGACACUGAAAGAGAUGAAGUAUUCAAACAACCUUCCAAAGGCCUGUCAAGAAUCCCUGUCAGGGACUCUGACCCGUCUUCCAGGGCGGGGUCCUCCAAUGCCGGACCGGCGCAGAAGAUGAAACCGGGUACAGCAUUUGUGAUUGACGUCGGGCGAGGUGACAAGAAGACUGGAAAGGAUACUGCGUUGACAGGGAAGCAGAAUUUUGAUAAUAAAGUAAUGGAAGAGGAGGAUGAGGAGAGGAGAAGGAGAAGGAAUGAGAAAAAAGCUGCCAACCUGAUACCAGCAAAGGAGAAUGAAGCUCCUUCAAGAAUUCCAAAGAAGAUUGUACAACCUGUUGCGUGGUUCCAACCGCUGGCUAAGAAGAUGCCAUGGCAACAGGACACACCCUCCAAGGCCAAGCCUCAACCAAUGAGCUUUCCUGUCAAAGAUGAAGAGACGGCACCCAAGCCCGGUGACAAAUCUUCUCUACAGGAGGCGUUUGAGAGACAUCGUAGUGACUUUAUUUCCAAGUCUCGAGAAAGGCAGCGAAAGAUGAGGCUUGCAGCAGAGGAGCGCCAAACACAGGCGCAGUUUGAACUGGAGAGGGCACAAAUAUUCCAUGAUCAACGAACCAAGAAACCAAAUCCAAAUGCACAUCCUUUUAGUGAUCAACUCCACAAACCAAAGCGGAGAGCAAUAACAAAGAAACAGAUGAGAGAACAGACAGAGAAGUUGUAUAACCGUCUCCCUGAAGUGAAGCAAAAGGAAAAGGAGAAGAAGAAAGUUCAAGAUUCUAAUCUGAAUAGGAUCAGAGCUCAGAUGUAUCGCAAGAAACUAAGUGAUAAAGUGAAGGGAAAACCUUUUACUGGGAGCUGAUCCUUUGACGGGAAGAUGUUAGAAGAUUGGACACAAUAUAAAUGAAGUAGACAAUACCUAGAAUAGAAUAUCUAGUGCUUGUCUUUUUAUAGAUGCAGAAUAGAAGCAAAUAGUUUUGUCAGAUUGCAAGAGUAUUUAGAGAUACGCACACACAUUGAGAGAAAAGUAUACAAUAUUUGUUUAACCCGUUACUCCAAAAUGUUACUUGAGAUAUUCAUCAAUGAAUCAUUUCCCAAGAGCCAACCAGAAAUACUCAUUUUUGGACCUUGUGUACAAAAUGCCAAAGAAAUUAACUGUCUUUUUUUUUUCGUUUGAAUACUCUUUUAAUGUUCAGUCUUGAAAUAGGGGUUGAAUUUUUUUGUUCAAAGACGGGUACUAGCCACCUAAUUAAUGCUUUGAUAUCAUUAUCUCUUUCUUAUCAAAAUUAGAUAUAGUACCUUUUAGAAAUAAAUACAUGUCUUUAAUACAUUCCUCAGAAAUCAGAGGACCAAGAAAAACCAAAGAAGAUAAAAAUGUUUCCAUGAAAUAUUUGUCCCCCACUGAGAUUGGUUUGUGAACACAGACUAAUGAAGUGCCAAAAAGUUUGUGCUUACUGUUCAUUGAAAGGUUUCCUCAUUUGUUUCUUCAAUUUUAUGAUGUCCCUCCACUUUUUGGAUGGGGGGGGGGGGGAUGACGUCAGAAUAACUCAAGUGUGAAUGCAGGGAUUUAAGUCUUAUAGACCAUUGAUCUUGUUAAUAUUGAGAUUAAUGGAUGUAUCAUCACUAUUUGCAUUUAUCCCAAAAGAUAAAGAAACAAAUUUUGAAAUAAUCAUGUUAAAACCUUAGCUUUUUGUUUGUGGUAUUUGCAUGUAGAGGGCUAAAAGUAUGUGAUUUGACAAAUCAGCAUGAGAAACUGUUUUUCACAUAUUUCAGUUUAACAGCAGCUUUAUAUUUGAUAUAUAAUUUUGAAAUACUCCACAGUAACUCGACCAAAAUACUGCUUUCACUUUAUAAAUCUAGAUUUACUUUUAAUACGGUUUUACUGAUCUUCUUGCCAAAGUAAUCUUUGAUGGCUCUGUCAGCUUUGUCAUUCCUGUAUCUAUAAGAAGUCACUUAAAAGUUCAAAUAACUUUCAUUAAAUUAUUUGUUUGCUUUCCUUGCAUAAAAUCUGCCUAUUUCUGGGGUUCAUAUAGUGUGUGCCUAUCAGUUUCAUUCCAUUUUUUCUUUCAUGUUAAUUUUAUGAAUUUGUCAAUAUUAUUGAUUUGUAAAUAAUGUAAAUUAUAGAUCAAUGUAUAAAAUCGACAGCAUGUAUUGUACAUGCCAAACAAAUUGUACAUGAAUACACAAUUUGUACAAGUUUAAGAUCUUUUUGACAUUGAAUAACUGUUUUGUGUGAAUUUGAAUUGUAUGGUUUUUAUCUCAGGUGUGUUUUAUCUGAAAUUCUUUCUAGUCUUCUACAUGUAUUAAUAGCCUCAUAAGGAGUGGGGAUUAACAACAUAUUUUCAUCUUUGUCCUUUUUUAAAAAGGGAAGUCCACCCUGACAUGUUGGUUUUGAAAGCGAAAACGUGAAAGGAAAGUGUAAACUUGUUUUGAUGAUAAUAAUAAUUAUAAUAAUGGAUAUUUAGAGGCGCUAAAAACAAAAAGUACCAUAGCGCAUACAAUGUAUGAAUAAUAAUUUAACAUUUGCAAUAAUUAUUACAAUAUUCAAGAUAAAAAGGGAAAUUAAUUAUAGAGGAAAAAGGUAUGUCUUAAGGGAAGAUUUGAAGCCAAGAAUGAAAGUUGAUGAAAGGUUAGAAGCUCAAUUCAGGGUGGACAUCACCUAAAAUUUACAUACAUCUGGGUUUUUUUUUUGUAAACAUCAGUAUUUUCUCUGUAGAUUAAACAAGAAAGUGUGAUAAGAGAUGAAAGUAUGCACAUUUGUUAACCAGCUGGUUAGAUUAAAGAUUGCAAAUUAUAAAGGUUGGAACUUUGUAGUCAUUAAAAAACUAUAAGAAACAUUACAACCAGAAGCUGAUACCAAAGUUUUGUUCAUUAUAUGUUCGUUAAUGGGUAGGGAAUGUUUUAGUGAACAUGUAUUUUGUUCUGUGUGAUAAGAACUAAUGGUAAAGAUAGUACAUGUAUAACUGGAUAUGAUUUAUUUUUAAGUUGAAUAUUAUGACUUUUAUACAACUUGGUUUUUUUCUUCAUUUCGAAAAAGUAUAACCCAAUGGAAUGUUUUGUGAGGGCUAUUUUUAAAUUUAUGUAGGGACACAUAGCUCACUUGUUUUUAAAGUGACUGACAAACCCUUUCAGGGGAAUGAUGUCAUCUCAUAUUUUUGUUUGAUUUAGAAUGCUUUUUAGGGGUCGAUCAUCCUCUGUCUCAGGCCCCAUACCAUUCAUUGGUCUCAAAUUGGUCUUAUUAUAAACAAGUUGUCAUGAGAUGCAAUUGAUAGCAAUGUAAGAUUAUUAAUACAGGCAACUUCGUCUUGGGACAGCAGAAAUGCGUUUGGCUGUAAGGGGAAAAAAAUUCUUAGAUGGGGGUAUAUAAUACAUAUCUGGUCUUAAGCAAUUGCUUUGACUUAGGCAAGUAUUUUACUUAUGUAAGGUCGACUUAGGCAGGUUUACAUGUACCUAUUAAUUGUACCUGUCUGGAAGGAGUGAAAUACAUGUAUAAUGGGAGGUAAUAUUAUGUGAUAUUGAAAAAAAAAGUUCAGUAUGAUUUUUUUUUCACAAAUGAACAGCAAUUAUCUUUGGCUUCUUUAUUAUUUGGUUUAUUGUAUCAAUUUACAUAAAUAUGCAGGUCAUUUGACUUAUUGCUUCAUGCAACAGGGGAAAGUUUGUAUUUACAAAAUUUAUAGUCUUCCUUUCUUUUUGUAUCAUACAAAUAGGUCCCAGCUUUUGUGAUUUAUUUUCUGCCGUGUGCUUAUUCAUUUAUCUAGUUCUUUCAUCAAGCUGUUUUUAAACAUGUUUUCUGUUUAUAGAAUGGGCAUUUUAUUUUCUAUUUAUAUAUUUCAAAUAUUCUUGCCCUUUUUUGUUUGCCUAUUUCACAUCAUUUCUUUCUCACUAAACACUUUAUCUUAGUCUGAAAUCUGAAUUUCUAUCGCCAUUCAUUAAUCUUUUGAUGUAUUUGAAAAGAGCAAUUAUCAAUUUUUUAAUUGUAUGAAAUGAACAAGGAUUACGCAAAUUCUAAAUGAUAUAGAAAUGUAUAAAUUUAUGAUAUUCUUUACAAGUGUGUUGCCUUAACCCUGAAUGAUGAAAUAUUUGUAUCAUAGUUAUGACUUUUAAAUGAGGUUGAUGUACAAUUGAUUAACAAUGAAAUAUAUACCAUAUUUCUUGUUUUAAUAUGUAAAUGUUUUAUAAUAUUGUGAAGUGUACUAUGUGUACAUAUGGAUGUAUAAGGGGAUAUGUGAAGUAUAUGUAAAUGUCUUUAAAAGAAGUUUUGAUGUGCUGUAUCAUAAAUAAAUUAUUAAGUGCAUAAAUGCGAGGAGAG